CGCCGCUCCCGCCCGGCCCGGCCCGGCCCGGCCCCCCCGGAGCCGCCCGCGGGGUCGGGCCCGGCCCCGCCAUGGCCGAGGAUUUCUGGGAGGCCCCGCGCCGCUGAGCCGGGCUCGGCCAUGGACCGGAUGAAGAAGAUCAAGCGGCAGCUGUCGAUGACGCUGCGGGGGGGCCGCGCCCCCGAGAAGGGUCUGGGGGACCCCCGCGACGGCCACGGCAGCGACAGCGAGGCAGGGGGGGAGGAGGGGCGAAUGGGAUCGGACGGGGAGAGUGACCCCCCCUCGGGGACAUCCUCGGAGGAGGUGGCAUCGCCCGUGCGCCUGCGCCAGCACCCGCGGCCCAGCGCCUGCGAGGACGUCACCAAGCGCCUGUCCCUGCCGGCCGACACCCGCCUGCCUGAGGGGGGGCUGGGGCUGCCCGGGCCCCUCAGCCGCCGCCUGCGCCGCGUCUCCCUGUCGGAGAUCGGUUUUGGGAAGUUGGAGACCUACGUCAAACUGGACAAACUGGGAGAGGGCACCUACGCCACGGUGUACAAGGGCCGCAGCAAACUGACCGAGAACCUGGUGGCCCUGAAGGAGAUUCGGCUGGAGCACGAGGAGGGGGCACCAUGCACGGCCAUCCGCGAGGUGUCGCUGCUGCGGGAUCUCAAACAUGCCAACGUGGUGACGCUGCAUGACAUCGUCCACACGCCCCAGUGCCUCACCCUCGUCUUUGAGUACUUGGAUCGGGACCUCAAGCAGUACCUGGAUGACUGUGGCAACGUCAUCAGCAUGCACAAUGUCAGGCUGUUCCUGUUCCAGCUGCUGCGGGGCCUCGCGUUCUGCCACCGGCACAAGGUGCUGCACCGCGACCUCAAGCCCCAGAACCUCCUGCUCAGCCGCCGUGGGGACCUCAAGCUCGCCGACUUCGGCCUGGCCCGAGCCAAGUCCAUCCCAACCAAGACGUACUCGAGCGAGGUGGUGACGCUGUGGUACCGCCCGCCCGACAUCCUGCUGGGCUCCACCGAGUACUCCACCCAGAUCGACAUGUGGGGCGUUGGCUGCAUCUUCUCAGAGAUGGUGACGGGGCGGCCGCUGUUCCCCGGAGCCACCGUGGAGGAGCAGCUGCACUUCAUCUUCCGCCUGCUGGGGACCCCGACGGAGGAGACGUGGCCGGGGAUCGGGGCCAACGCUGAGUUCCGGGCCCACAAGUACCCGCUGUACCCGCCCGAGGGGCUGCGGCACCACGCCCCACGGCUGGACCACGACGGCGCCGACCUGCUGGGGCAGCUGCUGCAGUUCGAGGGGCGACGGCGGCUGCCGGCGGCGGAGGCCAUGGCUCACCCGUUCUUCGGCUGCCUGGGCCCGCGGGUCAGCGCCCUGCCCGACACCACCUCCAUCUUCGCGCUGAAGGAGAUCCAGCUGCAGAAGGAGCCGGGGCUGCGCGCGGCCCCCCUGCCCCCCCCAGGUUCUUCCGCCUUCCGGGUGCUCGACACUGAAUUCUGAUGCUGAGCAGCCCCUGGACUGCUGCUGCAACCCCCCAGGACCCCCCAAAACUGGGGGGGGUUGCCACAAAACUGGGGGGUGACGCCCAAGAUAAGGGGUCACCCCAGAACUACAGGAGGGCCCCCUGGACCGGUAACCACGGCCCCCCAAAAGACCCCCUGAGGAACCGCUGCUGGAUUUGGGGGGCGUCAUGUGGGACCCCCCAUUGGAGGGGGGUUUGGGGUCCCCCCUAUUUUUUUGGGGAGUUCCCUUGAGUCUGGGGUUUCUUCCCCCCAAUUUACUUCGAGUUUUAUUUUUUCAAGGCAAUAUUAUAAAUAAGAGUCUAUAUGGGUCCCUCCCCUCAAGGGGCGGGGCUCAGAGGGGGUGGAGCACAGCAGGGUGGGGCCUAGCAGGGGCAGGGCCACCCUGGGAGCAGUUUUGGGGCAGGGGGCGGGGAGGGUGAGUUACAGUGCCCUUCUGUGCUUACUCUGAGGUUACUUACACUCAACUCCAGGGUUACCCUGUUGUUAUUUGGGGCCUCAGCAUCUCCCAGGAGGUUCCCCAGGGUGGAGGGGCUUCCUCUGAGGUUGGUCCCACUUCACUCCAGGGUGACCCCAGGGUUACUCAGGCCCAACUCUGACUUUACUCCAAGGCAGCUCAGGCCCAGCUCUGUGGCCGUAUCUGCCCUACUCCAGCCUUAUUUCAUGACUCCUCAGCCUCUCCUUGCUCACUGCUGUGGUGUUACUCAGUUUCUACUCUUGAUUACUCAGAUGCUACUCAGCUGGGGCUCCCCUCCCUCCCCUGGGUUGCUCGUGGAGAUUAUUACUCCGAGCCUUCUUGGCCCUUAUGUUGAGGUUGGUUGGUACUUUACUCCUACCCAGAUUUUACUCCAGUGUUACUCAUGAUUGAGGGGGGUGGUCUUUACUCUGAGCUUUCUCAGCUCUUAGUCUGAAGUCACUUGAUACGUUGCCCCUAUUCAGAACUUACUCCAGGGUUUCUUCUGGGUGUCCUUACUUUGAGUUUACUCAGUCUGAGGUUACUCAGUGCUUCUAGACAGAACUUACUCCAGGGUUACUCAUAUGGGCCCUUACUCUGGGUUUGCUCAGCUCAUCCUUUUGUGUUGUUUGAUACUUUACUGCUACUCGCACCUUACUCCAGGGUUACUCCAUAUGGUUCAUUCUCCUUUGCCUUUGCCCCACACUUACUCUGGUGUUACCAACCCUUUGGCCUACUCACUGCUUCCGUGGAAGUUACGCGCGUGCUCCUCUGUUGCUGCCCAGCUAUUCGCCACAGUGACUCAGCCCUUACUCAGAAGUUACUCAGCCCUUACCACCUUCUGCUACUCAGCUCUCCCUAUUUAUUGCUUGAAUCCCAGGUUCUCUCAUCCUCAAAGCUGUACUCCGGCAUUACACAAAUCUUGGCCUGCCUCAUCUUACUCAGAGGUUGCUCAGCCCUUACUAGCAGGUUACUUAAAUGCAUCUUAAUGCUGACUUGCUCCACACUUGUAAUUGGGCUUGUGUGGUGGGUCCUCAGAAGGGACUUAGGCCUUACUGAACACUUAAUGCUUACUCAGAAGUUACUAAGGCCUUAGUAGGCCAGCCCUGUUUACCCCCCAGUGGGUUUGGGGUUACAUGGCAGCGCCUUCUUUGCUACUCAACCUUUACUCAGAUGAUACAAAGCCCCUCUUCUGCUUACGAGCUUCCCCCGCCCUCCAGUCGCUUCCUUAGCCCCUCCUUGUGCUACUCAGAGGUUGCUGAGUUGACCUGUGUCACAUCUUUACUCAUGUUACUCAGUCUCAGCUCUGGUGUUUCCUGCUCCCCCUGUUCUUCCAGGCCUUUUCUCUGAGGAUACCCAAUGGAUACACCUCCUUCACUGCUUGCUGUGGUGUUACUUACCCUUUGCACUUCCAGGAUGCUCUCAACUAUCUUCUGGGCCUCACAGCUCUUACUCCAAGGUUACUCAGCCCUUGCUGUUGUUCAGUAUCUUGAAGUUACUUGAGGUUUGUUAUGUUGAAGUUACUCAGAUGCUACUAGAGAUCACAACUUACACUGAGAUUGCAAAAGUUACCCAGUACACUGGUGGGAGGGGAGUAGUCUUUACUCAAGAGUCGCUUAUCCCCUUACUCCAAGGUUCCUACGUACCCAGUGGCCACACAAUUGUUACUCUGUGGUCAAUCCUUGCUCUGAAAUUACUCAUCCCUUACUCCAAGAGCACUCAGCCUCCACUUCUCACUCCAGGGUUACCCAGUCCCCAUCCUUGGGCUAAUCAGGUGUUACUCCAGAGUUACUCACACUUGAUGCAGAGGUGACACUUCACUCUUGGGUUACUCACAUGCCCCCCACCCCGAGGCCGAGGCCGCACAAAAUGGACACUUUACAUUGAGGGCGAUUUGUGCCCUGGGGGAGAGAGAACUUAUAAGUUACUCACGCUUUACCUUGAGGUUACUCCCAUCUCACCCCCCUCCCAUCCAGCCUCACUCAGGAUCGCCAAACCUCGCCCACCCGUCCCGUCCCUGUCUCUAUAGGUACCGUGUAUAUAUGUACAGGGGGAGGAGCAGGGGGCGUGGCUUUUUAUAUGCAGUGGGAGGGGGCCCGCCCCGCCCCCCCCCCGCCCCCUAUAGCGCCCUGCGGGGCCGCGGGAGCCCCGUCGGAAGGGCCCUUGGACUGUUCGGGGGCUCGGCGGGUCCGCGGGGGCUCCUAUGGCCCCCUUGGCGGGUCCCUGUGGCCCCCGGGGGGUCUGUGGGUCUCUAUAGGGUGGGGAGUUCCCUAUAGCUCACACGGGGGCCCGGGAGGGGGGAGUGGGGUGCGCGGAGCCCCUCUGGCCCCGGGGGGGUCAUGGAUUCUACGGGGGGUCGCUCCCCCGGCAUCACGGGGGGAGGGGAAGGGGCGGGGCCGCGGCGUUUCGGCUGUAACGGGACCGACCAUUAAAGCCUCCCCGGGA